CGUGGAGAAAGCCGGCUCGCUGUCAGUACAAAGCCGAGCGCGCACGGUCCGUUCUGGGCAGUCGGAAGGCCGGGGACGGUUUGGUGCUGAGUGAUUCUCCGACGGAAACCGGGGGGAGACAGAGGGAAAAACAGAAAGCGCGAUCGAUGAUGGCAGCUUAUCUGAAGGCAUGGAGCCGGCUGGGGCUCGGCGUGUCUCGGCAGCCCGCCGCGAUGGCACCGAUCUUCUGUCAAAUCGGGCAACGGCGCAACUAUGCAGACAAGCGUAUUAAAGUGACCAACCCUGUGGUUGAAAUGGACGGUGAUGAGAUGACCCGCAUCAUUUGGGCUUUUAUCAAGGAGAAGCUCAUCCUUUCCAAUGUUGAUGUGGAGAUGAAAUACUAUGAUCUGGGAUUGCCACAUCGGGAUGCUACAAAUGAUCAAGUUACCAUUGAUUCUGCAUUAGCAACCCAAAAGCAUCACGUUGCUGUUAAGUGUGCUACAAUUACCCCCGAUGAGGAGAGAGUAGUAGAAUUUAAACUGAAGAAAAUGUGGAAGAGUCCAAAUGGUACAAUCAGAAACAUCUUGGGAGGUACAGUCUUCCGUGAGCCAAUUAUCUGUAACAAUAUCCCUCGACUUGUUCCUGGUUGGGCCAAGCCCAUUACUAUUGGCAGGCAUGCACAUGGUGAUCAGUACAAAGCGACAGACUUUGUGGUGGACAAACCAGGAAAAUUCAAGUUGGUCUUCACUCCAAAGGAUGCCAGUUCAGCGAAAGAGUGGGAGGUGUAUGACUUUCCAGGAGGAGGUGUCGGAAUGGGCAUGUACAACACAGAUGAGUCCAUCAGUGGCUUUGCACACAGUUGCUUUCAGUAUGCUCUACAGAAGAAGUGGCCACUCUACAUGAGUACAAAGAAUACUAUUCUAAAGGCUUAUGAUGGCCGAUUCAAGGACAUUUUUGAAGACAUCUUUCAAAAGAAGUACAAAGCAGACUUUGAGAAGGCUGGUAUUUGGUAUGAGCAUCGUCUCAUUGAUGAUAUGGUUGCACAAGUGCUGAAAUCCACUGGUGGAUUUGUUUGGGCAUGCAAGAACUACGAUGGUGAUGUGCAAUCUGAUAUUCUAGCUCAAGGGUUUGGUUCUCUUGGCUUGAUGACUUCUGUUUUGGUUUGUCCUGAUGGUAAAACCAUUGAAGCAGAGGCAGCUCAUGGCACAGUCACGCGCCAUUACAGGGAACACCAAAAGGGCAAUCCUACCAGCACCAACCCUAUUGCUAGUAUUUUUGCAUGGACUCGAGGCCUUGAGCACCGUGGAAAGCUGGAUGGUAAUCAGGAGCUUAUGAGGUUUGCUCAGACCCUGGAGCAGGUUUGCGUUGAAACUGUUGAGAGUGGUGUCAUGACAAAGGAUCUUGCUGGCUGUAUCCAUGGUCUCAGCCAUGUCCGAUUGAAUGAGCAUUAUGUGAACACUACUGACUUCUUGGAUGCCAUAAAGAAUAACUUGGACAAAGCCCUAGGCAAGAAGUAGAUGGUCUAAAGGAUCCAUUUUACCUCAUUUUUAACUUAAUGAAGUCACAUCAAUAGAAGGGAAAAAAGCCAGUCAUUACAUAUUUUUUUAAGUUUUAAAUUUAUUAAGGAUAUGAUUCCCCAGCAUUGUCUGGGAGGACAUUGUACAGAAGCUUGUUGGAUUGAUGUGAGUUUUGUAUUGUGAAGCAUUUCAUUUAAGAUCUGUAAUAUAUUUGUCACUAGGAAUUAAGUUGGCAUUGAUUAACAAGAAGCAAUAAAAAUUCCCUUUUAAAGUGUAA